AUGCCUGUUGCAUCUACAUUUAUCCCUGCCUUCACGAUGAAGCCGUGGAAGGAGCAGCGGAGUGAGACGGAGGCUGGAGAGAGCUAUCGCUGCUGCUGUCGCUGCCACUGUCAGCAAGGGGAGGAGCAGAAGGCCAUUCAGGUGGGGCAGGAGCUAUUCACGAGAGGUGCUUGCCCUGCACACGUAAGUGCGUCACAAACACAGAGGACACUCUCAGGUGGUGACGUCAAGAUGGCACCUUUCCGUUCAUUUAACGGAAAGGCCUACACGGUUCCUUUCAGUAUGGUGAACGAACUCAACGAUGCUCUGGAAUGCGCCCAAAGAGAAGCCACAAUGGAGAAUGGAGAUAAAUGUCAUGCCUCACUCAACUUUCCAGGCGUCGUGUGGCGGCACGAUCCGUACAGUGCAAAGGUUCUUGCAGCGACUCCCGCCGCUUCAGAGGGCCAGAACUCUGAUCUGGGAGGAAGCGAUCAUGCGGCGUGGGGGUUGCUGUGCGGGGAAAAUGCAGAAGAGCGGGAUAAUUUUGGCGUCAAGGCAGACGGUGGGUUUUCAUUGGGCACGUACAACCAUGCCGCGUGGAAUCCCAUGUGUGUGUUGCACUCCGCAGCGACACCCCUCGGUACACUCUUAUGCUUCCCUGCGGUGGGUGGGGCAUGCUCCGCUGGUGCGUCUGCCGCUUUCACGCCCCCGUACGACCCCACGCCGCUCACACAUUGCCUUUUCACAAAGCCCUACACGACCACCAUGUCGGCAGCAGUUGUGGAGGAUGAUGGUGGGGAGCGCCAGGAGGCUUAUCCGGGUGCAGCUGCUGGGCCAAUACUGCCCUCUGCUCGACCAUUUCCCUCCUCUGCGGGGCGCCAUCUUGUCGUUCGUUCUUUUCCACCACCACUCCCACCAGCAUCGUCAUCACCUGCGUCAAACGCCAAUGUGUCUAACACAUCUCCUUUGAAGGCUGCCACCACGGCUGUUGUGGGACCCGGCGAGGAGAAUGUGCACGCGGGCUCGCAAAACAAUUUAACCCCUCUUCGAACCUAUCGAUCACGAGGAUGCCGGACCGGAAAUGCGGGUCGUGACGAGGAGGCCAAGUCAGAGGAAUUAAUUCCCACGCUUUCCAUUUUUUGCUCCCUUCCCCUGCUUUUUAAGGAUCUGACGGCGUACGGCAACCGUCGUCCUCCGCGUGCUGGUAAACGGUACGACAACAACAGCCAGUUGCGGGCAGAGGAGGUGCGAUACGUGUACUUGGUUGGGCAUCGAUGCAGACGCACCCUGUGCGCCGCCAGCACCCAAUAUGAGGUGAGUGAGUUGGUGCUGCUGGAGGGCGAUAUGGGGAUUGAAAUGGGCUUCGUGCAGGUGGUGCUCUCUGUGGAGGAGUUUGAGCAGCUGGAGAACGCCGAGUUGGCGCGUCGUGGGUUUCCUAUGGACCACGAUGUGGUGACAGCCGCCUUUAUUUUGCGCACCGCCACAGAGGAGGAGACUUCACAUUACGAUCACACCCUCCGUCAGCUGGAAAAGGACCUGCUGGAAUUUCUGCAACACCGCAUAAACCCCGCCAGAUUUUUGGACUGCCGUGUGGAAAACAUGGUCUUUCUUGACUGCGAGUUCCAGGCCGACUGCAAAAAAAUUUACGUCUAUUACAAGGCCAAGAGACGGGUGCUUUUUCGAGAGCUUGCGCAGUACUUGCACUCCUUCUAUCACUGCCGUAUCUGGCUGCACGAGGUGGGUAAAGGCGCCUCUACAGUCUCCGGCAAUUCCUCGCAAGACGCAGAGAAUGCCUGA